AGGAUCAGUGCUCCUUCUAGUGCAAUAGGUGGGUUUGGCCACUGCUGCUUUUCGGUGGGAUACAAUGAGCUUCACAGGUCCUUCUAUUGGUUCUGGUGGUAGAAGGGAGGCACAUGAAUUUGGAAGAACUCAUGUGGUUAGGCCCAAAGGUAGGCACCAAGCAACUGUAGUUUGGUUACAUGACCUUGGUGAUAAUGGUUCAAGCUGGUCCCAGCUUCUGGAGACCCUCCCUCUUCCGAAUAUUAAAUGGAUAUGCCCAACUGCCCCUACUCGACCAAUAACUUUAUUUGGUGGCUUUCCAGCAACUGCUUGGUUCGAUGUGGGAGAACUUUCAGAAGAUGCUCCUGAUGAUGUAGAGGGUUUGGAGGCUGCUGCUGCACAUGUUGCAAAUUUGUUGUCAAUAGAGCCUGCUGACAUUAAACUUGGUAUUGGAGGGUUCAGUAUGGGUGCAGCAACCUCUCUAUACUGUGCAACCUGUUUUAUUCAUGGAAAAUAUGAAAAUGGCGAUUUAUAUCCUACCAAUUUGAGUGCAGUUGUAGGUCUUAGUGGAUGGCUUCCAUGUUCAAAGAAUUUGAAAGCCAAAAUAGAAAGACAUGAUGAGGUUGCUAGACGCGUUGCAUCCUUACCCAUUUUGCUAUGCCAUGGAAAAGGAGAUGAUGUGGUUCCAUAUAAGCUUGGUGAAAAAUCUGCAUUGGCACUGAGUUCAAAUGGAUUUGAGAACAUGACUUUCAAAUCCUACAAUGGACUUGGUCACUAUACAAUCCCAGAGGAGAUGGAAGAUGUCUGCACUUGGUUAACAUCAAAACUGGGGCUUGACAGUCGAUGA